GCCAUUGAAUUGCAAUUGAUGAUCGAUCAUCAUAUAUAUAUAUGGCCAACUCCAUCUUUCUCUCUCUCUCUCUCUCUCUCUCUAACUUUCAGUGGAUACAUGUCAUAUAUACAUACAUUAGAUACAUAUAGUUCGGAAAAAAAAACAAAAGAAAAAGAGAACUCGAUGGAACGAAGCGGCAAGGUUUAUAGGAUUGCGUUGGAUUAUUAAAUAAGAGGGGUUUAUUUUUAUUUAUUUAUUUUUAUUGUGUUCGUCGAGUCAUGAGCAGUUAGAUAGAGAGAGAGAGAACUUGGUCGCAGGGAGAGAGAGAGAGAGAAAGAGAUCCCUAUUGGGGCACUGAAAGGGACCGAUUUCUGGGUCUCUCGAAUUCAGUAAGAUUGUUUAUCCUGCCUGAUUUUCUCUCGUUUUCUCUUCGGUUUUGCGUGUUCUUUACAAUUUUGCUUCUUGUUCGGGUCUUUGGUUGUUCGUUCGUGGGGAGGAGUUGUUGUUCAUUCUGAUCAAUUAGGGUUUGGAAUUGAGAAAGUUGGGGGUUUUCGGAGGAAUUGUGUUGGAAUUUGGGAUUGGGGGCGAUUGGGAGGGGGUGAUUCGGGGGGAUGAUAAUCAAGAGGAACUUGAAAUCGGCAAUGCCGGCUCUGAAGCGAUGCAGAGGCGGCGAGGCGGGCGGGGAUGACGAUGAGGGUUCCGGGAACAGGAAGAAACGUAAACUGGAAGGCUAUUACCCUCUGCACCUGCUAGGAGAUGUCGCCGCCGGCGUAAUUCCGUUCAGCGGGUACGGACUGCAGCGUAUUUCCGGCGCUGGCGUGGCGGAGGAGGGGGCGAAGAAAAGGAAUGUUCCGCUGCCGGGGGCUUCACGGCCGCCGCUGGUCAGGACGUCCAGGGGGCGGGUCCAGGUACUUCCUUCUCGAUUCAAUGAUUCAAUUCUUGAUAAUUGGAAGAAGGAAAAGUGUAAGCCAAGUGUAAGCGAAUCCAGUUUGGAUCCUGAAUUCACUCCCUACAAGGAGAAGCACACCUUCAAAACCCCCCACCCCAAACAUCAAAGGCAAUUAACUUGUAAAGAUCAUAAUAAGUAUAGAGUUAGCUAUCAAUACAGCAAGUUGCCUAAAUUGUUGAAGGAAGUUGAAGAAGUAGGAUACCAGAGGUCCAAGGAUUUUAACAGUAGGAAGGGCCCAAGUUCAACUUGUACACUAAGGUCACUAUAUGAGCAAUUGAUGAACUCAGAAAAGUCCCCAUUUGAGAAAUCAGAGAAACCAAUAGAUUUGACUGGCAUGGAUGGAUUGUUCAAGGAGGUUGCUGGUAGGGAAACAGGGUUGUAUGGGCCUGAUGACUUUGUCCCUGGUGAUACUGUCUGGGCUAUGUUAGGGCAAAAUCAUCCUGCAUGGCCAGCUAUUGUUCUUGAUCCGGUGACACAGGCUCCUCAUCAAGUCCUGGGUUUCAGGGUUCCAAAUGCAGCUUGUGUGAUGUUCUUUGGUUACUGUGGAAAUGGAACACAGAGGGACUAUGCUUGGGUUAGACAUGGAAUGAUAUUCCCAUUUGUUGAUUAUGUAGACAGGUUUCAGGGGCAGACUGAAUUGAAUGAUAGAGAGCCAGCUGAUCUUCGGUCUGCUAUAGAAGAGGCAUUUUUGGCAGAAUGUGGGUUUACUGAGAUGUUAAUGUUGGAAAUUAAUGCCGCAGCUGGGAAUCUAGAUUAUUUAGAAUCUAUUCGUGGAGGGGUCCACAAAGCUACCAAUUCAAAUCAGGAUCAGGAAAGCAACACCCUCAAGCAGACUGUGUUUGAAGAGAAAGGAAUGUGGUCCUGUGAAAGCUGUGGAUCAAGUCUCUUACUUCAAGCUUCUAAUAAAAUGAGGACUUUAACUCAUGGGAGCCGUCUAUGUAAUUCUUGUGCCAGGGCUAAAAAGUUAAAACACUCUUGUGGCAUAUGCAAGAAGAUUAGAAAUCAUUUAGACAACAGCCGUUGGAUACGUUGUAAGAGUUGUAAAGUUUGGGUUCAUGAAGCCUGUGACAAACUAUCUAGGAAUCUUUCUAAGGAUAUGGGGGCAGAUGAUUAUUACUGCCCUGAAUGCAGAGCAAAGUUCAAUUUUGAAUUAUCAGAUUCAGACAACUGGCAACCUAAAACCAAGUGUUUGUGCAGAAAUAACAAAAAGAGUGUGCUGCCCGACAAGGUUACAGUGGUCUGCUGUGGGGUGGAAGGCAUAUAUUUCCCGAGUCUCCAUUCAGUUGCAUGCAAAUGUGGAUCUUGUGGGACAAAAAAGCGGGCACUUGGUGAAUGGGAACGGCAUACAGGUUCAAGAACAAGAAAUUGGAAGGCUAGUGUUUCAGUGAAAGGUUCAAUGUUACCACUAGAACAAUGGAUGCUGCAGAUAGCAGAAUAUCAUGCCCGUACUGUUGUUUCAGUUAAUUCUUUAAAACGCCCUUCAAUAAAAGUACGGAAGCAGAAGCUGCUUGCUUUUUUGCAAGAGAAAUACGAGCCUGUUUGUGCCAAGUGGACAACAGAAAGGUGCGCUGUAUGUAGAUGGGUAGAAGAUUGGGACUACAACAAAAUUAUCAUAUGCAACAGAUGCCAAAUUGCUGUGCAUCAAGAAUGCUAUGGAGCAAGAAACAUUAAAGAUUUCACUUCAUGGGUUUGCCGAGCAUGUGAGACACCUGAGAUUGAGAGGGAGUGUUGCCUCUGUCCUGUAAAAGGAGGUGCUCUUAAACCUACUGAUGUUGAGUCAUUAUGGGUUCAUGUUACUUGUGCUUGGUUUCAACCUGAAGUUUCUUUUUCAAGCGAUGAAAAGAUGGAGCCAGCAGUUGGAAUCUUGAGAAUACCAUCAAGUUCUUUCAUAAAGAUAUGUGUGGUCUGUAAGCAAAUUCAUGGUUCCUGCACACAGUGCUGCAAGUGUUCAACAUACUUCCAUGCAAUGUGCGCAUCAAGGGCUGGGUAUCGUAUGGAGUUGCAUUGCUUGGAGAAAAACGGGAAACAAAUUACAAGAAUGGUUUCCUAUUGUGCCUACCACAGGACACCAAAUCCCGACACUGUUCUGAUCAUACAGACUCCGCUAGGGGUUUUUUCCACCAAAAACCUACUCCAAGACAAAAAGAACACUGGUUCAAGGCUUAUAUCAUCCAACAGAUUGAAACUUCAAGAAGCUCCAAUAAUACAGAAUGAGAUUGAGCCGUUUUCUGCUGCAAGAUGUCGGAUCUUCUCAAGAUUGAGCAACAAGACUGGAAAACAGGCUGUUCCCCAUCGAGUGAUGGGACCUUGCCUUCACUCUUUAAGUGCAAUACAAAGAUUGCAGCCAUUCAGAGAAAUAGAGGAUUCCAAAGCCUUUCGUACUUUCAAGGAACGGCUGCACCUUUUACAGAGAACCGAGAAUGAUAGAGUUUGCUUUGGAAGAUCCGGAAUUCAUGGGUGGGGCCUCUUUGCCCAUCGGAGAAUCCAAGAAGGAGAAAUGGUUCUUGAAUAUCGUGGUGAACAGGUUAGGCGGAGUGUUGCAGAUUUGAGGGAGAUACGCUACCGGUUGGAAGGCAAAGACUGCUAUCUGUUUAAGAUCAGUGAAGAAGUGGUGAUAGAUGCGACCAACAAGGGAAACAUUGCUCGCUUAAUCAACCAUUCAUGCCUGCCCAAUUGCUAUGCAAGAAUCAUGAGUGUGGGUCAUGAUGAAAGUAGGAUUGUGCUGAUUGCCAAGUCUGACGUGCCUGCUGGUGACGAGUUGACGUAUGACUACCUAUUUGAUCCAGAUGAGCGCGACGAAGGCAAAGUCCCCUGCAUGUGUAAAGCUCCAAACUGCAGGAAGUUCAUGAAUUAGUAGGUUACAGGCAGAGAGAGAGAGAGUACAGCCAUAGCCAUAGCAAUAGCCAUAGCCAUAGCCAUAGUAGCCAUUGAAUUCUCAUUCUCCCAAAGGAACUAUAGCUCUAAUCCUCCAAUACGCCCGGGGCCCUUGCAGUUCAGUUCAGUUCAUUUCUGCUCAUGAAUUUGUAACUUUUCUUCCUGCACAUCAGGCAGGCAUAUAUAAAAUGUUUUUCUUUCUUUUC